UAGAGGGGAGGCAGCGAUGUCACGAGCGCCUUUGCGGCCAAUUUUUGGGACGCAUUGACUGCUGGAAAGAACGUGACACUGCUUGAGGACGGUACAGCCGUCAUAUCUGGUUCAGGAACAAUGAUAUCUAAAGAGGGUUGUGGUAUUGGUGGUAAAAGCCAUCUUUGUGUCGGGAAAAAGGUUCUAUGGGAGCUUGACUGCGAAGAAACUGGUCGUGGAAGCUGGGUAGGGCUUGUUCAGUUGCCGAAGUCAGCGAAAGAGGAAGAGAUACCUGACUUGAACCUGUCCUUGUCUGCUGUCGGAUGGGGAAUAUGGGGUGGCACUACUGGAAAGUUUCAUCCUUCGUACAUCAAAGGUUCAGUAUCAGAUCAGCUCCCAGCUUUCACAGCGGGGCAGAGAAUCGGACUACUCUGUGACUGCGAGAAAGCUUCGCUUACUUACUUGCUGGAUGGCGAAGAGAUUUGUCAAGCAUUCGAAGAUCUUCCUGUCUCUGAGGAUUCCGUUUAUCACUUGGCCGUUAGCAACGGCUGGGCAGGAUGUACGCGCUUGCGCUUAUCAGGGAUGAAAGUUCUGGAUGAUACGACCGCUGCUUGAGAGCGUUUGAGCUGAUCUACCGUAAUGCACCUUGCUCACUCCCACCAGUUUGUUUGGAUGUAAGUUUUCGUUUAUACCUUUCCCGAG